AUGCUUAAAAAACUCAAGAAUCUUGACCAAGACAAAAACAACCUGGUCAAGUUUGUGGAUCGUUUUAAGUAUGGAGUAUAUGUUUGUUUGGCAUUUGAGCUGCUGGACAGAAGUCUCUAUGAUUUCAUGAAGCAGAGGUACUUCAAGCCACUGCAUGUGUCUCAGAUUCAUCGAAUCGCUCAACAGAUGCAUGUGGCUAAGAAUGCCCUCAAGAGCAUUAGUCUGGUUCAUGCAGCCAUCAAGCCAGACAUCAUGUUCAUCAAUCAUCAGUCGCAGCCAUUCAAGCUGAAACUGAUUGAUUUUGGUUUGGCAGCACCAGUCUCUGCCCUCUACAGAGCCCCUGAGGUUAUCUUGGGCCUUCCAUUGAAUGAGGCUGUAGACAUGUGGGCUAUUGGCUGCACUUUGGCCUAUAUGUACCUCGGACAGGACUUUUUUUGUGUCGCUGCUUUUACGACCCACCAGGUGGUGUGCAUCAACAACAUCAACUUCCAGAGGAAGUCUGUCAUCGGCUACGUCGAGCUGACCAUUUUCCCCACAGUGGUCAACCUGAACAGGAUCAAGCUUAACAGUAAACAGUGCCGCAUUUACAGGGUUCGAGUCAAUGAACUUGAAGCUCCAUUCAUUUACAAUGACCCCACACUGGAGGUGUGCCACCAUGAGUCCAAGCAGAGGAACCUCAACUAUUUCUCUAGUGCCUAUACAGCAGCAGUGAGUGCUGUGGACCCUGAUGCAGGACAUGGGGAACUGGUCAUCAAAGUUCCCUCUGAACUCUGGAAACAAGGAGAUGAUUUGAAAGUUUUAAAGGUGUACAUAGAAUUUUCCCUGGACCAGCCAAAAGGGGGUCUUCACUUUGUUGUUCCCGAUGUGGAGGGCAGCAUGGCAGAGAGAGGAGCUCAUGUGUUUUCCUUUGGAUAUCAGAACUCUACCAGAUUCUGGUUCCCUUGCGUGGACUCUUACUCAGAGCUGUGUACAUGGAAGCUAGAAUUCACAGUGGACGCUUCCAUGGUGGCAGUGUCCUGUGGAGAUCUGGUGGAGACCAUCUACACCCAUGACAUGAGGAAGAAGACUUUCCACUAUGUCCUCCCCAUUCCCACAGCAGCCCCCAACAUCUCCCUGGCUGUGGGGCCCUUUGAAAUCCUUGUAGACCCCUAUAUGCAUGAGGUGACCCAUUUCUGCCUGCCGCAGCUACUGCCACUGCUCAAACACUCGAUGUCUUACCUGCAUGAGAUUUUUGAGUUCUAUGAAGAGAUCCUGACAUGCCGCUACCCUUAUUCCUGCUUUAAGACUGUGUUUGUGGAUGAGGCUUAUGUACAAGUGUCCUCCUAUGCCUCCAUGAGCAUCUUUAGCACCAACCUGCUCCACAGUGCAAUGAUCAUAGACCAGACCCCACAGACCCGUCGUUGCCUGGCCCAGGCCUUGGCUCAGCAGUUCUUUGGCUGUUUCAUCUCCAGGAUGUCAUGGGCUGAUGAGUGGGUGCUGAAGGGAAUCUCAGGUUACAUCUACGGCCUCUACCUGAAGAAAACCUUUGGAGUCAAUGAGUAUCGGCACUGGAUCAAAGAGGAGCUGGAUAAAAUUGUGGACUAUGAGCUGAAGAUGGGAGGGGUUCUGUUGCACCCAACGUUCAGUGGAGGCAAAGAGAAAGACAACCCAACUCCCCACCUUCACUUCUCCAUCAAGCACCCCCACACAUUGUCUUGGGAGUACUACAAGAUGUUCCAGUGUAAGGCCCACCUGGUGAUGAGGUUGAUAGAAAACAGGAUCAGCAUGGAGUUCAUGUUGCAGGUUUUCAAUAAGCUCCUGAGUCUGGCCAGUACGGCCUCAUCACAGAAGUACCAGAGUCACAUGUGGAGCCAGAUGCUCUUGUCCACCCACGCUUUCCUCAAAUCCAUCUCCAAUGUCUCUGGCAAAGACAUCGGCCCACUCAUCAAACAAUGGGUAGACCAGAGCAGUGUGGUGAAAUUCUUCGGAAGUUUUGCCUUUAACAGAAAGAGGAACGUGCUAGAGCUGGAGAUCCGUCAGGACUACACAUCAUCUGGAACUCAGAAAUAUGUGGGUCCCAUCAAGGUAACAGUGCAGGAACUGGAUGGAUCCUUCAACCACACACUGCAGAUAGAGGAGAACAGUCUCAAACAUGACAUCCCCUGCCACUCCAAAAGUAGACGAAACAAGAAAAAGAAGAUCCCUCUGAUGAAUGGAGAGGAGGUUGACAUGGAUUUGUCAGCCAUGGACGCUGACUCUCCCCUCCUCUGGAUCCGGAUUGAUCCAGACAUGUCCAUUCUGAGGAAGGUGGAGUUUGAGCAGGCUGACUUCAUGUGGCAGUAUCAGCUGCGCUAUGAGAGGGAUGUAGUUGCACAGGAGGAGGCUAUCUCAGCGCUGGAAAAGUUCCCAACUCCUGCCUCCAGACUGGCUCUGACUGACAUCCUAGAGCAAGAACAGUGUUUCUACAAAGUCCGCAUGCAGGCCUGCUUCUGUUUAUCCAGGAUAGCCAAUGCCAUGGUGAGCACAUGGCAGGGCCCGCCAGCUAUGAAGUCCCUGUUCACCAGGAUGUUCUGCUGUAAGAGCUGCCCCAACAUUGUCAAGACCAACAACUUCAUCAACUUCCAGAGCUACUUCCUACAAAAGACGAUGCCAGUUGCCAUGGCGUUACUCAGAGAUGUCCAGAACCUCUGUCCCAAAGAUGUCCUCAACUUCAUACUUGACCUCAUCAAGUAUAACGACAACAGAAAAAACAAAUUUUCAGAUAACUACUACCGUGCAGAUCUGAUUGAAGCGCUGACUAACUCUCUGACCCCAGCUAUCAGCAUUAACAAUGAAGUGCGGACAGUGGACAAUUUAAAUGCUGAUGUCCGUCUCAUCUUGGAGGAAAUCACCCGAUUCCUUAACAUGGAGAAGCUGCUGCCAAGCUUCAGAAACACCAUCACUGUCAGUUGUCUGAGAGCAAUUCGUCAACUUCAGAAGAACGGGCAUAUUCCCAGCGACCCGUCACUAUUCAAGUCCUACGCUCAGUAUGGACACUUUGUAGACGUUCGCAUCGCAGCACUGGAGGCUCUGGUGGACUAUACAAGAGUUGAAAGAAGUGCAGUGGAGCUGCAGUGGUUGCUCAUCAUGGUCCAGAAUGACCCAACUCAUUAUGUCAGACAUAAGAUCCUGGGUAUGCUGUGUAAGAAUCCACCUUUCACAAAGACAACAGACUCCACUCUGUGUAAUGAAGCACUUGUCGACCAACUCUGGAAGCUCAUGAACUCAGGUACCUCACAUGACUGGCGGCUGCGCUGCGACGCUGUGAACCUCUACUACACAUUGUUUGGCCUGACCCGACCUUCCUGCCUGCCACUGCCAGAGCUGGGCCUUGUGCUCAACCUGAAGGAGAAGAAGGCUGUGCUCAACCCAACCAUCAAGCCUGAGCUGGCGGUCGGCACUGUUAUGGACACACCUGCCAGUAUAGGUAUCCAUGGUGUCGGCAUGAGCUACACAGCGGUGGAUGAGGAGCCAGAUCCCAUCUCAUUAGGGGUAUGUGGGGUGGGCCAGCCACCUCAGGGCCUGAAGAGGAAGGCUGAGACCCCGCUGGGCUCCCCCCCAGAGCCAGGACAGGUUCUGCAACAACAGGAUGAUGAUGGAAGAGGGGGGCGCUACAAAAUCAGGUUUAACACCAUGGAAGAUGAAGAUAUUGAUAUGGAGACUGUUCAUGAUAGUCAGGCCUUCAUUCACCAUCAUCUCAAUCUGUUAGAGAGACCCUCUACACCAGGUAAGGAGCCACCAUCAGUUGAACAGUCCAUGCUCUCUAUGCCGGCCACGCCGGUGCCGUCCUUCUCUAAAGAGGCCACCUCCUCGGCCUCCAAACACGGCAGCGAGCACAGCCACCACCACCACCACCACCACCACGAGCACAAGAAGAAGAAGAAAAAGCACAAGCACAAACACAAGCACAAGCACAAACACGAAAGCAAGGACAAGGAGAAGGAGAGAGAGAGGGACAACUCGCACGCCUACAGCAACAGCCCAGCCAGUGGCCGAUCCCUGCGCUCGCCAUCUCUGUCUGACUAAACAUCUGGACAGAAGUUUGGCUCAGUCGCAGUUAGCUGGAUACAUCCAUCUUGCUGCAGCAGGUUUGGACAGUGAGCAACAUUACUCAGUAAUGAAUGAAUGAGGAAAACUCACGUGGACAAAAUGUUAGAGGAAAGUAUAGUGUUGAAGUGUAAUCCUCCAAUAAAUGGAAACACUUAAUUCCUGAGCAGAAACAGUAGUCUGACUCUCAGGAGGAAACAUGGAGUGCAGUGUCAUUAAGGUAAACCUCCAGAGGCGUCCACCACACACACACACACACACACACACACACACACACACACACACACACACACACACACAGCCUGGAGGAGUUUGUGGACUUUUAACACCGCUUCCAGGCCGUCUGGGGCGUGCAACCACAUACACCUUCCUCCACAAACGGUCAAACACAGUCUUAGCUGACCUCGUACACCCCCCACCCCUGCAGAGACACCACUCUGGUGUGCCUCAUCCCCACAGCUCAAUCCCAGCAUUCAGUGAGUGGCUUCUGAGGGGAAACAAGGUUGAUGGGUGGUGUGGAUUUAACCAUCCUGUCUGGACUGGGCCUCUGGUGUCUUAACACACUGAAAAUGACAUUUCCCCGUCUGCUUACAGAUGAAAAUGAAACAGAGGAAUUUCACUGUACUGUACAAUUGAAGCUCAAAUAAUACUGGUGUGUUUUUUUUAAAUACUCUGUGUUUCCCAUCUGUCAUCAUUGAUUAAAGAUGCUUUUAUAUUCAUGAAUGUUUUGACUAGAUUGAAUCCAGCUCCACAAAGGCAUUCAUGGCUGGGUUUACUCUGGCUCUGUGUCUUAGGGUUGAUUAGGUGGUUUUAAACAAUGAAAAGAACAUGCAGAAUUCAAUAUUCACCAUUUAGAUAACCAGGCAGGUAUUAAAACUGUGAUUUGAGUGGUUAAAAAACGGUUCUCUUGUGUAAUCAGCCUUCCAAUUUUAUCUUGAUUUCCCUAAAAAAAAAAUCAAUAAAAGACAAAGAAAGUCUUAGCAUUUAUGUUAAGAUUCUUGACACUGGUUAA